CUUCAAGCUCUUCGUGGACUAUAUAAGUUAUGCCGAUUCCAAAAGCAGCAUCAAAAUUCAAUACAGUCGAUGCUUUUGCUGCAACUACACCAGGGUUGUGUUCUCGUUUCCUUUUCUAAUUCCUAUCCACCCCGUCCUUCACCCAAUUGAUUAUGUGUGUGCGUGUGACUUCACCAAGGAAUUUCAGAUAUACAAAAGACAUUCAUGCAAUUGCAAUUAGCCUCUGUUACCCCCCUUAAAUUACUUAUGAAGUUCACGAUCGAAGCCAUCGUUCCAUUAAAGAAAGUCAAACUUAGCUUUUCAUAAACAAAUAAUUUUCCGGAUCCAAAUUUCCAUUCAUUCCCCCCAUAAUCGCUGAGACACCUAUAAUAGCGCACUAAUGUGUACUAUUACUAUGACUUCCUACGCAUUCACCAUGUGAUUGAUUUCUCGGUCACUGAGCUUCGUACUCCCAGAAGCUACUCUCUCUCUCUCCCCCGGCUAUAUCAACAUCUCUAAGCUUCGCAACUCUUCUUCUUCUUCCUCUCUCCUCCAAGAAACCAGAUGUUAUAUUUCAAAAAUAGUGCACUGCAAGAACAAUGGGUUGCACAUAUUCUGUACACGCAGUUGGAAGCAGGGAGAAGAAGAAGAAUAUUCCUGAAGUUUCGAUCUUUGUCCCCUCAAUGCGUGUUCCCGGGCAAUGUGAUGUUCAGAGGACGCUUAGACGCCUAAUACCGACAGAUCUUGCCGAUAGAAUAAGUUCACUUCGGAAUCAGAUCGUGUUAGUGGCAGAGGACACUGGUGGGUCUGCUAUUCCCGAAUUACAACGAGCACUGGAGGAGUACUUGCCUCUUCUAGUUGGCCUAACUGCCAAAGAUCAUGGUCUUCAAGAAUUAGUGGAAUUCAAGUGGAGAAGUUUACAAGAUGGACGGCAAGAAGCCUGUGUCGCAAACUCCUGGUUUGAAGUGCUCUCUGUUCUCCACAUGAUGGCUAUGUUGACAUUGACGGAGGCGAAUUCAAUACUGAUUCCUACGAAUCAUGCUGGUUCUUCUGAAAGAGUUGUAUCUGCAGAAAGCAUGAGGGAUGCUGUUGAUUUAUUGCUGAAGGCAGCUGGCUACUUGGAAUUUUGUGUCCGGGAGGUUCUCCUUCACAUACCACCUGAUAUUAAGAAUAGGUUGCCGAAAGAUUUGCAGGAGAAUGUCUUAGAGACUAGUUUCAUUCAAGCACUAGGGCAGGGAACUGAAAUGCAGCUCAGUUUAGCCGUUGGAAGUCAAAAUGCCACUUUAUCAGUGAAAAGGAGGCUGGCUUGUGAACAGUUGAGCUAUUUUGGGCAGGCUCAUUACUGCUUGUCCGGAUACAACAACAAUAAUGGACAUGGGAAGAAGCAUCUGUUGUUCAUCAAAUGGAAGUACCUUGAAGCGAAGGCUGCAGCUUAUUAUUUCCAUGGUCUAAUACUUGACAAGGGUACCGAACCAGCAAGCCACGUUAGUGCUGUGUGUUGUUUCCUUGCUGCUGACGAACUACUAGCAGAGAGCAAGAAGGCAUGUUUAAGCUUUUGCCUUGCAGUUCCUGUGACCAGGGCUCCUCCACUCCAGGGUGCUAUGAAGCAUUUAAAUAGGAAAAUUCCUGAAACUGCAUCUAGGAAGUCUCAGAUGUAUGGCUCCCUUAUAGACCAAGACAAGGGUCUCCAAAUCUUACCCGAUCUUCCAGAAUUUCAGCAGUCACUAAAACCUGAUGACUAUGAGUUGCCUGAAAUAGAUUCAGCAUGGGAUAGUAAAAAAUGGGAGAUGCCAGGUCUAACCCUGAAAGAGCACCUUAACGACAGUGAAGAGGAGAUGAUACCUGAAUGAAGCACUGUGCGACCUUUCUCUUUUAUGUCAUUUUGUAAUUGGCGAAGAAUUUCUAUAUUUGCCGUUUUACACUUCAGCGGAUGAUGAUGCCCGGAGACUAUUGUACAUUCUUAUACAAGCAAACAUAUACUCCUCCAAGAUAACCAGGUGUUAGUGUUUUGUAUCAUGUUUUACUAUGUGGCAUCUCAAAAACCUCCACUUUAUUCUAUUUUAAAGCCUCACCACUAUGCACAGCCCAUCUAUAUCCAGAACCAGGGUGUAUUUAUUGAAAACAGA